AAAAAACUCUCACACACUCACACGUACGUACAUGUUACCCUGCACCCACCAUGGCCAUCACCGCCACACACACCAGAGAUGAACCCGACUACGACAGUAGCUCCUCCUCCAUCACCGCGCCGGAAUCAAGCCGGAGCUGGAUGAGCAACCUCAGCUUCAGCAGCCGCCGGCGCCGGAGCUCCGUCUCCGUUUGUUCCUCAACGACAGAAACCUCUUUGUUCCUCGGUUCACAAGCCAAGCCUCACAAGGCAAACCAAGCUGCAUGGGAGGCCAUGCGGCGGCUCCGCAGCGACAAGGGCCGUCUCGGACUGGACCACUUCCGCCUGCUGCGGCGGCUGGGAAGCGGUGACAUAGGGAAUGUGUACCUUUGCCAGAUAAGGAACCCUGUGGUGGGGUUGCCACAGUGCUUCUAUGCAAUGAAAGUUGUGGACAGAGAAGCACUUGCCAUAAGGAAGAAGUUACAGAGAGCAGAGAUGGAGAAAGAGAUUUUGGGUAUGCUUGAUCAUCCUUUUUUGCCCACUUUGUACACUGAGUUUGAAGCUUCUCAUUACUCUUGCUUGGUCAUGGAGUUUUGUCCUGGUGGAGAUUUGUACGCUGCUCGCCAACGCCAACCAGGGAAGCGCUUUAGCUUAACAUCCGCUAGGUUUUAUGCAGCUGAAACACUGUUGGCACUAGAGUAUCUUCACAUGAUGGGCGUAGUGUACAGGGAUUUGAAGCCGGAGAAUGUGUUGGUAAGGGAGGAUGGACACAUUAUGCUUUCAGAUUUUGAUCUUUCUCUCAAAUGUGAUGUUGUUCCCAAGCUAUUAAGGAGUAAGACUAGAUUGGAACGCAGUGUCAAGAGUACAAAGAGAUCUGCACCUGCUUGCACUGCCCCCAUGCAGCCUGUGCUAUCUUGUUUCUCAGCAUCAAGCAAGAAAAAGAAAGCAACAGUGACAACGGUUAUAAGAGAAAAUGUUGAAGUCCAAGAACUUGAUCCAGAGCUGGUGGCAGAGCCAAUUGAUGCUCGGUCUAAGUCAUUUGUGGGGACUCAUGAGUACUUGGCACCAGAAGUGAUAUUGGGGCAAGGUCAUGGGAGUGCAGUGGAUUGGUGGACUUUUGGGGUGUUCUUGUAUGAAAUGUUAUAUGGUAAAACACCCUUCAAAGGUGAAAAUAAUGAGAAAACACUCCUAAACAUCCUGAAGCAGCCAUUGGCUUUCCCUAGAAUUGCAGUGAGCAGUAGCAAGGAGUUUGAAGAGAUGGUGAAAGUUCAAGACCUUAUAAGUAAGCUAUUAGUGAAGAAUCCCAAUAAGAGAAUUGGAAGCUGCAUGGGUUCUGUUGAGAUAAAAAAGCAUGAGUUCUUCAAGGGUGUUAAUUGGGCUUUAAUUAGAUCAGUUAGACCCCCUGAGGUUCCUGCUGAUAUGAACAAGAUUAGGAGUAGGGUUUUGCUACCUAAACUAAGCAGAAAAGACAGGGAUCAGCCAUAUCAGCUUACUCAUCAUUUUGAAUACUUCUAAGUUCUAACUGCAAAAUGUAUAUAGUUCAGGAAAAACAUGUUUCCACUCAAAUGUGUUUCCCAUUAAAGAAAAUUAGGGGCUCUUUUCACCUUGUUUUUAUUUUUAUUUUUCUGUGUACUGAUGAGAGAAAGAUUUAGAAUUAAUGUAUGACCAAGGCA